AUGUUACUUUUAGUGGGAGUCUUCUUUCUCCUCAAGAUUCAACUUCUCAUGGCCAAUUACAUUGAUUCCACAUGCUUUUGGAGACUACACAUGAAUGAAGUCAAUGAUAAAGAUUUGGAUCAAACUUGUUCCUUCAUCCUUGGAGCAGUUCAGAUGCCUAUGGAGAAAGAUUAUUUCAAGGAGACUCUGAAUGUCCUAAAAACAACUAAAACCCACAAAUAUGCUUUGGCAUUGGCGUUUUCAAUUGAUGAAAUCAACAGAAAUCCUGAACUUUUACCAAAUAUGUCUUUGAGUAUAAAAUAUAAUUUAGGCCAUUGUGAUGGGAAAACUAUGACAAAUACAGCCGAUUUUCUUGAUCAGAAAAAAUAUAAGCCUAUCCCAAAUUAUUUCUGUAAUGAAGAGACUAUGUGUUCAUUUCUGCUUACAGGACCAGAUAUGACCACAUCUUUAUAUUUUCAGAUGUUCCUGGAUAUUUUCUUAUCUCCACAUUGGAAGUACUUUAACUGUGAAGAUUCAGCAUGUAACUGUAAAAUACUGAUGAAUUUUUCAUCAAAUGCUAUAUUGGAUUGGCUAAUACAACAGAAGUUUGACAUAACCUUAAGUGUUGGUAGCCAAAACAUAUCUGUGUAUGCCAUGGCCCAUGCACUUCAUGAGACAAAUCUUCAAUCGGUUGAUAAUCAGGCAAUAGAAAAUUGGAAAAUAUCCAGGUAUCCCUGCUUUAAGAUGCCAUCCUCUGUGUGCAGUGUAGAUUGUGGUCCUGGAUUCAGAAGAUCCUGGAAGGAGAGAGUGGCAGCCUGCUGUUUCAUUUGCAGCCUCUGCCCUGAAAAUGAAAUUUCUAAUGAUACAAAUAUGGAUCACUGUGUGAAAUGUCCAGAAUACCAGUAUGCCAACAAGGAAAAGAACAAAUGCAUUCAGAAAACUGUGGUAUUUCUAAGCUAUGAAGACCCCUUGGGGAUGGAUCUUGCCUUAAUAGCCUUUUGCUUCUCUGCACUCACAGCUCUAGUACUUUGUGCCUUUGUGAAGCAUCAUGACACUCCUAUUGUGAAGGCCAAUAACAGAAUCCUCAGCUACCUAUUACUUAUGUCACUCAUGUUCUGUUUUCUGUGCUCCUUUUUCUUCAUUGGACAUCCUAACAGAACCACCUGUGUCUUACAGCAAAUCACAAUUAAAAUUGUAUUCACUGUGGCUUUUUCGACAGUUCUGGCCAAAAAAAAAAAAAUCAUUGUAAUUCUGGUUUUAAAAUUCACAGGCCCAAGAAGAAGGUUGAGAAACAUCUUGCUAUCAGGGGCAACCAAUUACAUUAUUCCCAUAUGUUCCCUAUUUCAAUGUAUUCUGUGUGCAAUCUGGCUAGCAGUUUCUCCUCCAUUUGUUGAUAUUGAUGUACAUUCUGAGCAUGGAAACAUUAUCCUUAUAUGUAGCAAGGGCUCAGUUACUGCAUUCUACUGUGAACUAGGAUACUUGGCCUGCCUGGCACUUGGAAGCUUCACUGUGGCUUUCUUGGCAAGGAAUCUACCUGACAGAUUCAAUGAAGCCAAGUUCCUGACCUUCAGCAUGCUAGUGUUCUUCAGUUUCUGGGUCACCUUCCUCCCUGUCUACCAUAGCACCAAGGGUAAGGUCAUGGUUGCUGUAGAAAUUUUCUCCAUCCUGGUAUCCAGUGCAGGGAUUCUUGGAUAUAUCUUUGCACCCAAGAUCUACAUCAUUUUCAUGAGACCUGAGAGAAAUUCUGUCCAAAAAAUCAGGUAUAAAUCACAUUCCUGA